ACAAACUAGAAUGGGCGGUGGCGGGCGGCCUUUCUGACCCGUAUGCAUCGUUGCGGGCGCCGCAGCGGUGGGAAGCAUCUGUCUUGCAAAGGCAAAGUCCGACCACGAUGAAGCUCUAGAGGAGCGCAGACAGCCUCAUGAGAUAUCUCCUGCAGAGAGGGCAUCCAUGCCUGUUUGCCCCCCGGUGAGAGAGUCUUAUGAGGAAGGAGAGCUUUUGUAUGUUGGAAAGGAUGUACCAUGCCAAGUUGGGAUGCGCGUAAGGAUGGCCCCUGGUUUGAUUUCCCAUGGGGAGGGAACUGUCACAGCCAUCUUCGACGAAGAAGAGGAAUUGGGAUGUUGCGAAGUUGUUUGGGACUCGGAUCAGUGUCAUGUGCGAGGGCUUCAUGCUAAGCUAGGGAACAAACAUAGCUGCAGGGUCGGAAAAGAGGACUUGUAUGACCUUGUCCUUGUCGACGAGCAAGUCUGCCCUGACAUUCAGCUUGUCAAGCACAACUUCUUCGAGAAUGGCAAGCCGAGGGAACACAUCCAAGUUGUACAAAGUUGCAAAAGGGGGGGGAAGAAUGAUUCGGAGCCGUUGUUGGAAUAAUUGGUUUCUCUCCUCCUGCAAUCUUGGUUUGGUUAGGUCCACCUGAUCCCCUGACAAAAGUAAGAUAUGCUCGACAUAAUAGAGGAAGUUCAAUCUUUGAAGAAAUGAUCAAAAAUCCUGAGAUGGAAGAACUCAUUUCCGAGCUUGUGGAUUUUCACUUGAGUGUUGAGUAAAGUCGUCGUUUUCUAUCGUA